AUGCAGCACGGCUUUGACCAAGAAGAGGAGGACGGAGCAGAGUCUCUAACAUCUGGCUAUGUGUCUAUGAAGAGCAACCGGUCUAAAGGUGAUCCUCCAGACUUCAGUAAUGAACCUGGACCCUCCGACACAAAGAAGAGGAAGAGGAGUGGUGUUUCUGUGGAGGAGCAGUCUGGUCCAUCAGGAGACUCCUCCUUGCCCCAGUGUGCAGAAGGAUCCAGAACCAGAGCUAGACUGCAGACAGACAGUCAGACCAGCACUUUACAAAUAGAAAGUGGUCUGCAGGAGCUUUUAGAUGAACAUCACAUCAGUCUGAGCAGCACAUGUGAAUGUGUGACUCAAGGAACUGAUGAAGCAGGAAGUGAAAUCCCCCUCAAAAGCAUCUUCACUGAGGUCUACAUCACAGAGGGACAGAGUGAAGAGGUUAAUACCCAACAUGAGGUGAGGCAGCUUGAAACAGCUUCCAAGAUGAAGACCCUCCAUGACGCUCCAAUCAAGUGUCAGGACAUCUUUAAAGUCUUACCUGACCAACAGAAACAAAUCAGAGUGGUUCUGAUGAACGGCGUCGCUGGUGUUGGAAAAACCUUCUCAGUGCUGAAGUUCACUCUGGACUGGGCACAGCGCUCCAACAACCAAGAUAUCAGUCUGCUGAUUCUGUUCUCGUUCAGGUCGCUGAACUUGAUCAAAGAUGAGCAGUACAGUCUGCUCAUGCUGAUCCAUGUUUUCUAUCCAACAUUACAGAAGCUCACAGCAGAGAAGCUCGAUGUCUGUAAUGUUCUGUUCAUCUUUGACGGCCUGGAUGAAAGCAGACUCUCACUGGAUUUCAACAACAGUGAGGUCGUGACUGAUGUCACACAGAAGACAUCAGUCAGCGUGCUGUUGAAAAGCCUCAUCAAGGGGAAGCUGCUUCCCUCGGCUCUCAUCUGGAUAACUUCCAGACCUGCAGCAGCCAAUCAGAUCCCUCUUUCAUGUGUUAGCAGGGUAACAGAAGUACGAGGCUUCACUGACGCCCAGAAGGAGGAGUACUUCAGGAAGAGAUUCAGUGAUGAAGAGCAGUCCAGCACAAUCAUCUCACACAUCAAGACAUCCAGGAGCCUCCACAUCAUGUGUUACAUCCCAGUCUUCUGCUGGAUCACUGCUACAGUUCUGGACCACGUGUUGACUACAGACCAGAGAGGAGAGCUGCCCAAGACCCUGACUGACAUGUACUCAAACUUCCUGUUGGUUCAGACAAAGAGGAAGAAGAACAAGUAUGAUGAGGGACAUGAGACGAGUCCACAGGAGCUGAUGGAGGCUGACAGGAAACUUCUUCUGAAGCUGGGGAGGCUGGCGUUUGAACAACUGGAGAAAGGAAACAUCAUGUUCUACCAAGAAGACCUGGAGCAGUGUGGUCUUGAUGUCACAGAGGCUUCUGUGUUAUCAGGAUUUUGUACAGAGAUCUUCAAAAGAGAGAGUGUGAUGUUCCAUAAAACAGUCUACAGCUUUGUUCAUCUGAGUGUUCAGGAGUUUCUGGCUGCAGUCUACAUGUACCACUGUUACACCAACAGGAAGACAAAGGUAGUGAAGGACUUCUUGAGAGUAGACUACAGUUACUCAUCUCUGGAUGACUUCCUGGGAGAAGAAGAAAAGGAAAAAGAAGAAGAAGAAGAAGAAGAAGAAGAAGAAGAAGAAGAAGAAGAAGAAGAGAUAAAAGAAGAUAACCUUUCCCUGGAUCACUUCCUGAAGGGAGCCAUGGAGAAAUCACUCAGAAGUAAAAAUGGCCACCUAGACCUGUUUGUCCGCUUCCUUCAUGGCCUCUCUCUGGAGUCCAACCAGAGUCUCUUAGGAGGCCUGCUGGGUCAGACAGACAACAGUCCAGAAACCAUCCACAGAGUCAUCAACAACCUGAAGGAGAUGAACAAAGGGUUUAUCUCUCCUGACAGAAGCAUCAACAUCUUCCACUGUCUGACGGAGAUGAACGACCGCUCAGUACAUCAGGAGAUCCAAGAGUUCCUGAAGUCAGAGAACAGAUCAGAGAAGAAACUCUCUGAGAUCCAGUGCUCAGCUCUGGCCUACAUGCUGCAGAUGUCAGAGGAGGUUCUGGAUGAGUUGGACCUGAAGAAGUACAACACAACAGUGAUGGGACGACGAAGACUGAUCCCAGCUGUGAGGAACUGCAGAAAGGCUCUACUUACUGCCUGUGAACUCUCAGACACUGAAUGUGAAGUUUUGGCCUCAGCUGUGAAGUCCAACCCUCAUCUGGAAGAGCUGCACCUGAAUCUCUACACACUGUCUGAUUCAGCAGAGAAGCUUCUGUCUGCUGUACAGGAGAGUCCAAACUGUAAACUGAAGACUCUGAUACUUACUGACUGUGAACUCACAGACACUGACUGUGAAGUUUUGGCCUCAGCUGUGAAGUCCAACCCUCAUCUGGAAGAGCUGCACCUGAAUCUCAACGAACUGUCUGAUUCAUCAGUGAAGCUUCUGUCUGCUGUACAGGAGAGUCCACACUGUAAACUGACUCUGAGACUUACUGCCUGUAGACUCUCAGACACUGAAUGUGAAGUUUUGGCCUCAGCUGUGAAGUCCAACCCUCAUCUGGAAGAGCUGCACCUGAGACUCAACAAACUGUCUGAUUCAGCAGAGAAGCUUCUGUCUGCUGUACAGGAGAGUCCACACUGUGUGAUAUUUAGGAUGAUCCACUCAGCAUCCAAUCAAAGAUCCAGUAUUUCCAGGUUCUCUGAUUCUAAAGGUUCACAUGUCACACUGACUGGAAACCAGAAGAGGAGAGCUUGUGUGGAGGAAGAGCACAAAUCAGAGCCUCCAGUAUCAACCUGUGUGUCCAAACAUCAUCCUCCAGACGUCACUCAUGAAGCUGGAUCCUCAGACUUAAAGGUGGAGGACAGACGGGACAGCGCUACACCUGCCACACAUAAUGAACCAGAUCCGUCCACAUCCAACACAAACAUCCAUGUGUCUGAGGACAGCAGAGACAAUCAGCUGUAUCCUCAUGAUCCAGAGAGGCUGAAGCAGCAGCAGCAGCAGCUUGAGUGCAGAGAGAAUCUGACUGGGACGAGUCACUGGCAGGACUUCACACCCAAAGUUCUGACUGAGUCUGCAAACAUUUCAUACAGGUUCAGCUGUCCUGGUCCAGGUGUGUUCAGGUGUACUUUGACUGGACUGGUGUUUGGUACGGUUCAGGAGGCGGAGCUGCAGUACAGGACCGUCCAAUGGGACGAAAGCCUUCUACAACCAGCUGGCAAGACGGCUGCAGGGCCGCUGUUCAACAUCCACAGUCCUGACGGUGCUGUCAGUCAGCUCCGCCUGCCACACUGUGAAACCAGGGAUGCUCCUCUCCCUGAUGGUCUGCUGUCUGUCGUCCACAUCACUGAUGAUGGAAUGAACAUCCUGGAGCCGCUGGAGAUUACAGACACUCAUGUGGUUGUGAACAUCACUCACUUCUCUCCUGUGGGCCUUGUGUGGAAGCGUUUUACGAGGCGUAACAGACGACCAAUUAGGGGCCAGGUUCUGCUGUUCCUCCGACCUCCGGAUGAUGAUGAUGAUCAAAUACUUGAUGUAUUUCUGCUGCAGGCCAACAUUCCUCUGAGCGAGGUUGCCGCCCGACAAGGAUCAGCUGAGAACAUUAAGAUCUCCUCCAAAUGUCGUCUCAGCAUUGGUCAAAGUUACAGUGUUCAGUGUGAACCUGAGGCCUACAGAAUCCAGCCUGGGCGUGAACUAUUUGACACAAAGUGUGGACCAAACUUCUUCCCAACAUUUGAGGUUUUCCUCACUACAAAACAAAAGACAGUGACUUUGAUGGUCAAAGACCAAGAGGGGACACAAAGGUGGAAUCGGAUGGUGAAACUGACAGAUCCAAGAAGUGGAAAUCUCCCAGCAGGGGACAUCAACCCAGCAGACAAGCUGCAGUUGGUUCGGACACAGUUUGUUAACAGAGUGUCUGAACCUAAUCUAAACCAGCUUCUGGAUAAACUUCUUGAGUUUCGUUUUAUAAAUGAUGAAGAAAUGGAGUCGGCCACAACAGAAACACGAGCAAACAAAGCUCGAAAAGUGAUCGACAUGGUGCGAAGAAAGGGAACUGAAGCCAGCUCAUUUUUUAUCAUUACCCUCCGUGUGGUGGAUCCAAACCUUUCCAGAGAGCUCAACUUAAGCUGAGUGUGAUGAUGAGCCUGAAUAACAGCUGACUGUUUUACAGUCUCAAAAUAUUCAUUUUCAUCUUUGGCUUUCAAAUGAGUCAAAUCUUCAUCUUCUAUGUUUCAACGUUACCGUGUUUUUAGUAGCAAAGUCUUUUUGUUACUAUGGUUACACCACAGCUCAACAGGAAACACUAAGAGGGAAUCUGAUGCUAAAAAGACAGUAAACAUGUCAGAUAUCAUUGAUAUAAUAACUCAGCCUGAUGAAGCUCAAUAGAAGCUGAUCAUCUACUUUAUAAUGACUGUGUGAGUCUCCAUCACUUUACAUUGAAAGCACAUUAGAAGGUUUUAAUAGUCAGUAUGAACAGGAGGAAUGAUUACAGAGAGGAAAACAUCUUUACUGUUCAUAUGGACACCUGACUGCUGGUUUAAGAUAGACUUGAAACAUUGUGAAACUAUUCUUCUUUAAUAUGUGUGUGAUUAUGAAGAUGAUACAGAGAAAUUAUUUAGUCCUAGUCUCAUAUUUUUCAUCAAAAUGUAAAUAUUUUUUUUUAUGUGGAGUGAAACUGUUAAAUGGCUCCAGACUGUAAUAUUUUUGUAUCUGUUAGGGAAGUGUGUGUGUGUGUGUGUGUGUGUGUGUGUGUGUGUGUGUGUGUGUGUGUGUGUGUGUGUGUGUGUGUGUGUGUGUGUGUGUGUGUCUUAUGUGUCUGAUGUGUUUUAAUCUGCCUUUGUUAAGCAUCUUUUUCUAUGGCUUGAGGAGCAGUUCAGGUCUUUAAUCUCCAGGUUGUAAAAGCACAUAUUUCUCUAAAGGAAUUCGUUUCUGUGCUGCUGUAGUUUAGCUUUUUGCCAAAGUCUGAUUUUUAUAUGCUGAUAUAAAUAUAUGAUGAUAAUAAAAGGUCAGCCAUGUGAUGAUAGCUCGCUGUUAUAUAUACCCUGUAAGAAACUUUU